AUGGCGGGAGUGCGUAACCCAUAGGGUAUGUGAGGGAAGGCCAGGCACAUAGCUACUCAGACAUUCCAUCAUGGAGGGAUGGAGCAGCCUGCACUGUAGUGUCAGCUUGUUCAUCCGCAUCUCAAAACAAUGAGGGACUGGGGCCUGUGUGUUUAUCUACGAAGCAACAACAAAACAGUUAUGUUUAUGCAUCUAUACACACACAGAGAAAGAGAGAUAGUGUUUGUUCAUAAAAUGUAGCCAACUCAGGGGGGCGGGGCCGGGCCGAGUGGAAGCAGACAGACAUGGCUCCGAGCUCGAGCCCCAAACAAUGGCUGCAAAAUACCGCAAGAUUCACCCCAAACUCGGACACCCGAGCAUGCUGAGGUAGAGAAACACCCCAGCUACAAGAUGACACCCGAACAAGGCCCACAGCAUACAGGAUACGCGGCCAUGGAGAACUCCGGCCUAGCAGCCGACAUAAGCCUGCCAACAGCAGGAGUAAGUGUAAGACGCAGAGGUUGGCGGCAGAUGCACCCUGGAGACAAAUAUCAUUAUGGAGAACCAUGUUGGCUCGGGGGACGGCCCCGCUCCCCCCCCGGCCGGUGGGGGAGAUCCCGGCCCAUGGGGAUGGCAUGCGCCGAAACGGACACCUCGGCUCGGGGAACACGCUGUGCCCCUACACUGGCAACGGCUGCUAAGGAGAGGCCCGCCAGAAAAACGGAACACAGAAAUGAGGGGGGCAGGCACAGUGGAAAAGGGAGCACCAGGACAGAAGAGAAAUGUGAGCUGGUGGGGACCCAGAAGGUGGAGCGGAAUAACGCACUCAUUGGGGGGACCUGGCGUGGGCUGCUCAUACAAGAACAGACGAAGUGGACACCGGACAGAACCUCCGCGCUGACCCGGCACCCGCUGGAGCAGUGA